AUGGCCACCCGCAUCACCAUGUACACGCCCGCCAACCCGCACGGCAUCACAACCACCACCACCAUCCUCCCCUCCUCCUCCUCCCUCACCACGUCCGAGGCCGCCCUCCUCACGCCCUUUCAGCAGCGCGUCUUCCACCUGCUGCAGCAGAUCCCCGCCGGCCGCGUCACCACGUACGGGAGCAUGGCCCGCGCCCUGCGCACCUCGCCGCGCGCCGUCGGCAACGCCCUCCGCAACAACGUCUUUGCCCCGCGCAUCCCCUGCCACCGCUGCGUUGCCGCCACCGGCUACGUCAACGGCUACGACGGCGAGGUCGUCGAGAGGUCGACCUUUUGCGGCGCCGCCGGCGGUGCGCGCGUCGCGGGGAAAGCCUCCCAGAGCAGGGGUACCAAGCCGCCCGGUGUGGCCGCGGCCAAGAAGCUGCAGCCGCCGUCGGGGACGAAUAUACAGAAAAAGUUGGACCUGCUGAGGGAAGAGGGCGUCGAGUUUGAUGACAGAGGCAUGCUUCUGAACAAGCACAAGGUCUUGUUUGAUGGCCCGUGGCAUGUCCUCACUGAAUAA